AUGUGCUCUCUAGUUGGUAGUUCGUGGGAUAAAUGGCCUUAUACUCUGAGUCGUCUAGCUAUGCUGGAUGGUUCGGUGAAAUUCUCUUCUCAACCUUCUUACGCACCAAAUGAUGUUAUUGAGCGCAUCGGAGGCAGAGUGAUAUACUACAAGGAUAGCGCGGAGGCACCAAAAGAGCUCUCUGUUGAAGACAGAAAGCAGAUCCAGAUUAAAGAAAAUGGCCAAACUAUGACAGCUGCUGCUCGCAGGAAAGAGCGGCCACUACGGAUACAGAUGAGUAGUAUUAGUGAACCAUGA